CUCCGCAGUCUCUAGAUUCCUCCUCAAGACUCAAUGUCGAACACGCUCAGGCCGUAUCUCUCAGCCGUUAAAUCAACUUUAACAGCCGCUCUGACGCUUGAGAACUUCUCGUCACAAGUCGUUGAGCGGCACAACAAGCCAGAGGUAGAGGUUAGGGGCUCAAAAGAGGUCCUCCUCAACCCACUGACCAUAUCACGCAACGAGAAUGAACGCGUCUUGAUCGAGCCAUCUGUCAACUCAAUACGCAUGAGUAUUAAGAUAAAGCAGGCCGAUGAAAUCGAGCGUAUUCUAUGUCACAAGUUCACGCGAUUCUUGAUGCAGAGAGCGGAGAGCUUUGUUGUGCUGCGCAGGAAGCCCGUCCUCGGAUAUGACAUAUCGUUCCUUAUUACGAACGUCCAUUCAGAGACCAUGUUGAAACACAAGGUCGUCGAUUUCAUCAUACAAUUUAUGGAAGAAGUAGACAGGGAAAUAAGCGAGAUGAAGCUUAGCCUCAAUGCGCGCGCGCGCACGGUAGCCGAAUCGUAUCUUACCGCUGAAGGACGUCAGACUGUAAUAUUGCAAAACAUUUUCCUUGAUGCGGGUGAAUACCAAGACAACCAUCUGGUAUAG